AUGAAAUAUUUUGAUUCAAUUUCAAAUAAUACUCUUAGAUUGCAGGAAAAAUACCUAAAAACAAGUAAUACACAAUUAUUUCUAUCGUUGCAUGGGAUAUUGUCUAAUUUUGCAAUGGAAAAUUUAAUUAGACUAAUGGAUAGCAAAAUAGAUCAGUUGAUGGAUUAUAUCGAUGAACUUGAUAUCACUGAAGAUUGCAAAGUGGACGUGAAAUUAUCACUACAAACUGUUGCAAACUUCAUAAAUGACAGCAAAAUAUCAGAAUGGCAAAAAUCCUAUUUACAGAAUGCAUUACUUCCGAUGAUUGAUGCUAGUGCAAAAUUACCGCCUUCGGGAAUUCUUCGUGGUCAUGUUAAUAUAUUUGGGCAGUAUGAAGAGUGUAUGUUAGCCAGACAGCAAUUGCCGAAUUCCACGCGUACCAUUACUGGCAGUUACGUAAGGAUCUUUGUUGAUAAAAAGUUAAGAAAUUACAAUGCAAAAGGUGCUUGCAAAUUAAAUCAAUACAAUAUCGGUGAUCCAUCAUUUGACGUAUGCCUGCCAUCCUCAUGUGACAACUACGACACGCUAAUGACGCUAAGUCGUUCACUGAUUAAAUUCAACGGUUCUACUCCUGUGUGUACUGUAAAACAGGCAUCUGUUCGAUUGAGACCUAUCGACUACAAAACAUGGAUCGUAUUAGCAAUAAUAGCAUUUAUUGGAGUAAUAGCUAUAUUGGCAACUGCAUGGGAUUUGUUUACAAACUAUUUUAAUUCUGAUUACUAUAAGUUGGCUUCAAUCGAAACAACAUGCUGGUUCCACUGCUUAAUGGCAUUUUCGGUGAUCCGAAAUACCAAGGAUAUAUUCAACAUUGAAUCUACCAAUAAACCAGGCCAAAUAGGACCAAUUCAUUUUAUGCGUUUCAUUAGUAUGGCAUGGGUGAUCUUUGGACAUGCGACAAGUGGUUAUAUGAUGCUAAGUUCAAACAUCUUAGACUGUAAGGAAACAUUUAAAAAUUUGUGGACGCAGUUUAUGACUAACGCAUUCUUUUCCGUUGAUACAUUCUUCUUCAUGUCUGGUUUAUUAGUAUCGUAUACUUGGUUCAAAGAAUACCGAAAAGACAAGAAGAAAGCAAUGUCAUCAACCACUUGGCUUAUAUUUUACAUCCAUCGAAUAGUUCGACUUUCACCACCUUAUUAUAUUGUGAUAGCAUUUUAUUCGUUUGUAUUUAAAUCAUUUUUGGUUAAUAUGCCAGUUAUUUUAAUGACACUUAAUGAUUAUUGCGAGGAAAGUUGGUGGACCAAUUUCUUAUACCUCAACAAUUUUAUUUAUUACAAUCGUCAAUGCUAUUUGGUGACAUGGUAUCUGGCAACUGAUUUUCAAAUUCACAUUUUUGCACCAGCAUUACUGAUACCGUUAGCUCUGAAACCUAUGCUUGGUUUCAUUAUAGCUGGUCUACUCUUACUACUUUCAACAGUUGCAAAUUUGGUGACAGUGUAUAUGGAGUACUUUCCACCAACAGAUUUCUAUAUAGGUGUCAUGGAUCCUAGAAUGGGUCCAUACAGACGUUACUCACUUUUGAUAUAUCAAGCACCUUGGAUCCGAUGCCAAGUUUAUAUUAUAGGUAUUCUAGUUGGCUACUUAUUCCAGACUAUAAAAACUCUCCACAUAUCAAAGCUAACAAAUAUUAUUUGUUGGAUCAUUUCAUUAACACUCGGUCUAUUAGUGAUAAUGUCAUUAAGAGAUUGGAUGGGCUAUGAUAUUAUGAUGGAUUUAUCUGUGAGAGCUUUCUAUUCUGCAUUUAGCAAGCUUUUGUGGAGUUUAUCUUUAGCUUAUAUUACAAUCGCAUGUUUUUACGGUUACGGAGGACCCAUAAAUGAUUUCAUGUCAUUAUCAGUAUGGAAACCAUUGGGUAGACUUACUUACUGCACUUAUCUAACUCAUUUAAUUGUAUUGAUAUAUAUGCUAUGUAUAGGUGUUAAUGCAUUUAGCUUCUCGAGUAUUACUCAUACGUUCAUUGUCUUUGCACUACCAUGUUGUAUCAUUUCAUGGUUCUUUGCAUAUUGGCUAAGUAUUUUGUUUGAACUACCGAUGAGUAAGUUGGAGAUGAUAUUACUGGACAGAAUUCAUGAUAAAACAGUGCAAAGACAAACGAUACGAGAAAUACAAGCUAUGGAGCAAAAUCAUCCAAUUAUCAGUUGCUGGAAACGAUCAGAAGAAUUAUGA